ACGGUAGCUGCCUAAUCCUGUUGCGUUUUUCUUCGACGCCUCACAAGAAAAGAAACAGACGUUUAGCGGUUCCACUCAAAGAUUUUACAAGGACAAAGCUACAGGACGUACAGAUAUGUCGAAUACAUUGGUUUUGACAGGAGGCCCACCAUGGGGGUUUCGUAUUGUAGGUGGGGCAGAUGUGGACCAGAAUCUGGUCGUUUCAAGGGUGACACCAGGGUCCCCAGCCGCUAAAGGAAAUUUAAGAAGUCGUGAUAUUCUGCUGGCUAUCAACGGUACAAUAUUGAAAGAUGCCUCGCGUGCCGAAGCAGAAGCGAUCAUAAGGACGGCAAGUGGGAACUUAGAGGUCGUCGUUAAACUGGCAACAGCAUGGGACGCGAAACCAGGACGAAUGAAAGCGGCCGAUCCUACAUGGGUGACUCUUGCUCAACAACUAGAAAAACCACGACCUGUCGGACAAACAGGCGCGGAAGGUUCGUUGGUAACGCAGGGUAAACGAUUCGAAUCAGCGCAAGAGCGCCCUACAGUGGCGGAGGCUGAACACCCGGUUCUUGAACCGAGACGUUUCAUCCAAUCAGACGCCGAGAUAGUUUGUAACACUUGUGCUCAGCCAAUCAGCGGUGGCGAAUAUUCCACAGUCGAAGGAAUCAACUUCCACAAGGAAUGCUUUAUAUGCGCCGCACCAAACUGCCAGGGGAAUCUAGAUGCGGGUUUUAUAGUGGAUGGGGGGAAGGCUUAUUGCGUCACUUGUCAUAAUAAAUACUUCUCUCAGCCUUGUCUCAAAUGCAACAAACCUAUAUUCGAGGAGGCUUUCAGAGCGUUAAACUGCCAGUGGCAUCUCAGCUGUUUUAUCUGCACUGAGUGUAAUCAACCGAUGUAUGACGGUGUGUUUCAUAUGGAGGGUGGGAGGGUGUAUUGUGGUGAAGAUCAUGAACGUUUGUUUGGAGUCACAUGUUACGCGUGCCGUAAGCUGAUUGGCCCAGGGGAUUCAGAGAUGAAUGCUAUUGGUCAAAAGUGGCACGAUCGCUGCUUCAACUGCCCGAAAUGCAGGAAAAACUUGAAUGCAAAAAGAUUCGUACGGCGUGGGGGAUUUCCAUUUUGCCCCACUUGCAAAUAAAACCAAACGUCUCAUCUUA